CCAGCAUCUUCUGGGGAGCUGGUAUGUGGCUCCCGACAAUCCGUUCUGUUCCCUGGAGUUCAGAAUGACUGACAACAAUCUCGUUGUCUCGGUCUGUUCAAUGAGUCGCUUACUUGGACCCCAUGGCAUAUACUUUCCUUCCCGCUUGUCGAUCGAUCUCGAUGCAUUCUUGCAAGCCCACGAGGUUGAAUAUCUCCCUGGGUCUCAUUGAAGCUUCAGCCGGAGAAGCCUUCCCAGUCUUCUUAAAUACUUCCGACUCCUGCUUGACAGCGUUGACGACAAUUCCAAGGCAAAUUCCGGGGUGGGUCAUCACGGGGGAACCCAACUUGUGCCUCUUCAACUGACAGUCGGCCCACCCUGAUCUGUAUAUGGAUGUACCGCUCCUGUGUGAUUGAGAUGAGUAUCAGCUCUGCCAUCCCUGUGAAAAUCCCGACUCACCACACAGGUCGCAUUCAUCUCGCCAGCAGAGCCAGACGGGCUGUCAGGCCAUCCUUAACAAAUGGGCACAAAGUCAUACAAAUUACUACGGCAGCCUCGAGAAUCCGUCACAAGAAUCUGUUCAGAGAGUUCUCAUUGGGACCCGGCCCAAGUGAUGCUGGCUGAUGAAAAGUCCCAAUUGAGAAAUUCUACCUACCAUUUAAGGAAAUUUCUGGGAAGGUCUUGUCUUGGCAGUAAAACGACCUUUCUCAUUUCUUCUGGCUCUCAGGAUGGUCACUUUUGCGCUGUUGGUGAAACAGAACACGUCCAUUCGUUCUCUUUUGGCAAAUCUUCUUUCUUGUACCGUGGCCGACAUCAUCUGAGAACUGCCUUAGCAAAGGGCAUGAAGCGGCUGACCUGAUUGGGGCUGUCUCAACGAGAACCCGACGAGCCCCAGAUGGAUCGCCUUUCUUGCUUCUCGGCUGUGACAUCCCGGUGGUGGCAGAGGCGUCGGAGCUGCCGUCCUUGGUUCGACAAAUGAGAAAUGAGACUUGUUCGGGAGCAGCGUGACAUGCGACAAAUGCCUUCACAGUGAAUAUGUUGAAGAAAAGGCAGUCAGACAAAACGAUGGGAUAUCGUGUGAGACCGAACUCCAUAUUGAAGGAUGCAGGCAACACGAGAAGAGCGUAGUUCACACAUGCUGGUUACACGUCUCGCAAGUGGGAUGUCUCGCUAUUGACAUCAGGUGUAUGAGUUUUGGCCGAGGAACGUUCGUUUUCGUGUUACAUGGAACAUGUCACUGCACCUCGGAACAUUCCAGAAGAUGUCGAGAAGGUGACUCGAAGUGGUGGAAGUCAUGGUAAGGGAGACUGCAUAUCACGAAACGAGGAAUGAGUCUGACGACGAUGCCUUCCUGCAUUGGCUUUGUGUACCAUGAGUACUUUUUCCGUUUCGCAAUACCUCGCGCGAGCAACUAACUGUCCCAGUGCAUGUUCUGUACGAACGCGGCUCGUCUCCAGAACUUCACCUGUUUAACCCUUGGGUGUGCUCACCGCUUCACUGGGCAAACAUGAGCGAUGAUACAUUCAGACGCACUGCCUUCUUUUAACAUGGGUCGAGUCUACCCCAGCUAGUCACCUUCGAGGAACUAAACACCACCCAGUCAUCGGCUGCUAGUCCGUUGUCCCUUCACACUGUCACUGUCACAGGAUUCCUUUGACUCAACAGAACAGUGAGAGUGGCUGCCAUCGAAUCUUUGAUGCAGCCAAACGCUUGCAAACAGGAAGACAAACACCUGUCUCCAGUGAUGAUAUCCAACAAGUAUAAAAGCAGGCGCCAGCACUGUUCUCAACAUCCCUUUCCAUUCAUCCAUAUCAUAUCAACUUUGGAAAUUACAACCUUUCGAGACCACCAUCAGAAGACAAAGAUAUAUCGAAAAUCAACCAACUCAAUUCAACCAGAACCGAUACACCUGCCAUUGUUUCGAUCUCCAACCAAAAUGGCCAACCGGUGCAUUUAUUGCGGAAACAACUUCGAAGGUUACCAAUGCAACUGUGAAAAGAACAAGGGCGGAGAAGGCUCUGGCUCUGGUUCUGGUUCUGGAUCCGGCUCGGGUUCAGGCUCAGGUUCGGGUUCAGGUUCGGGUUCCGGCUCCGGCUCAUCCAGCAGAUGAUGCGUGGAACGUCCAACUUGGCAGGACAUUCUCAGGGCUAGGCUAGCCGUGCUAUCAGUGACGGUGUCCUUGGAGCGGACAGGAAUGUGAUGAGUACUCUUAGAGAUCACGGCUGGUGUCUUUCGUGGCUCCUGCUGGAUGAUUGUCGGCAACAGACAACGAACAAGACAAUGUGAGCCAAACUUGGACAUAACUGAGCGUCAUGGCUGAAUAAAUCGACCAAGGCUGGCGAAGGGGCUGCGGUUCAGCAUCAUUAUGCCGGAUAUGGCUAUCUCUGGCGCAAUAAGCGUCGAGAUACUGGUGCGGGACCACUACGACUUUAUAACGACUGAAUGAUAUGCAUGGCUGCUCACCUUGGUUGAUGGCCCCUUUGUACAACUGAUUAUACCUUAGCUGACUGAAGGAAAAGUAACAAAUGCCAAAGCAUCCCAUCCUUGC